CGCCCUCGCUUCAGGCAGCAGGGGGCGCUGGAGAGGGAGAGCAGGUGGAAGACGUUGGGGACAGUCAUUCGCCUCAGAGGAGCUCCGGAAGCAGGGGAGAAGCGUUUCCUAGACUUCAAAUUGCAGGCCACUCCCGGCUACCCCAUCUUGCAGCAUGGCGCCACUCCCCAUCCUCUUUGGUAUGCUGUUUGGCAUCUGGGCAGCAACAGCCAGCUCCAAAGAGAUGAACUCCAGCACCCAGUUCAUCUCCACCCCUGAGAUGAUCACCCAUGCCGAAGCCAGAACAGACAUUCCCAAGACUGCCUCCCUUUCCACCACGGCCCCCAAGGAGACCCCUGAGAACGGGAUCACCCCUCUUUCCACCGCGGCCCCCACAGAGACCCCUGAGGAUGGGACCGCCUCUCCUUCCACUACGGCCCCCAUGGAGACUUCUGAGAGCGGGACCACCUCUCUUUCCACCCCAGCUCCCACGGAGACCCCAGAGAUCGGGACCGCCACGCUUUCCACCAUGGCCUCCACGGAGACCCCCAAGACCGUGACUACGGCUCUUUCCACCUCUACCCAUGGCACCCGGCUUGCCAUCAGCACGGUGGAAACCCAGACUGUGACUUCCCUGCAACCGGGGACCACCUCAGCCCCCAAGUCGCCGCAGAAUUCCGGGCAGGUGGUAGUGUUUUGCCUCUUUUCAUCCGUCCUGCUCAUCGCAUUGCUGGUAAUCUCUGUGAAAUACUGCCACAAGAGGGAGCCCGUGUUCAGAAAGCUGGACGAGGUGCCGAUGGAAAACCUGACCGAGGAGUUACCCUUCGCUCGCUAUUCCCCAGACUAAUCCGGACUAGACUCCAGCAGCAGAGGGCCUAGGAUCAGCAAGAUCCAGCACCCACCUCUUCCUCCUCCACCUCCUCCCUGCCCCCUCCUCCUCUUCUUCCUCCUCCUCCUCCUCCUCCUCCUCCUCAUCCUCCUCCUCCUUCUCCUCCUCCUCCUCCUCCUCCUCCCGGAUAUGUGAGAGCUUCGUAGAGCGACAGAAUGGAGUGGGGCCAGACCAAGCCGGGAGCUGGGGGAUGGGGGAGGGGAAGAAGAACAGGCACAAGCACGGAUGUGUG